AUGCUUGUUAUUUUGUUUGUAUUGGUAUUAUUGUAUCUCGCGUAUUUUUAUAGCAUUAGAAAUUUCAACUAUUGGCAAAUAAGAAAAGUGCCAUUCGUUCAACCGUAUCCAUUCUUCGGCAGCUGUCUAGAUAUUUAUUUAAUGAGAAAAAGUGUGUCACAGUUCUGUGAAGCAAUAUAUGGAAAUUACCCAAAUGAAAAAGUGGUCGGACUAUUUCGCUCUUCGCAGCCGGUCCUCCUCGUCAGAGAUCCCAGCAUCCUGAAGAGAAUUCUGAUCACUGACUUUAGUUCGUUUUACCUACGAGGUCUGAACCCUCACAAGCCGCUAUUGGAGCCGAUGUUCCGGAACUUGUUCUUCGCCGACGGCGACCUGUGGCGCUUGCUGCGGCAGCGCAUGAGUCACGCCUUCACGGGGGCUAAACUACGAGCUAUGUUUCCUUUGAUAGCUGAAAAAGCUGAACGUUUGAAAGACCGAGUGUCCGAAGUGGCCGCCAAUGGUGGUGUCAUUGAUGCGCAUGAGCUUAUGGCUCGAUACGCGACCGACUUCAUUGGCAGCUGUGGUUUCGGUAUCGAUGCUGAUUCACUCAACGAUGACGACUCCGCUUUUCGAAAUCUCGGCAAAAGAAUAUUCAAAUAUGGUCUAAGGGAAGCUAUGUUAUUUUUUCUCAAAGAUACACUUCCAUCGUAUUUCAAACACCUAAAGUAUAUUCAUGAAGUCGAGCGAGAGCUCAUAAAACUCGUAAGGGACAUACAAGAGGAUCGUGGCGGUCGACCGAGCGGAAGAAAUGAUUUUAUAGAUAUUCUUAUGGAGUGCAAAAGAAGUGUCAUCACUGGCGAGUCAAUGGAACAUAAAAAUGAAGACGGAACACCACUUAAGAUAUCUCUAGAGAUGGACGACGCGCUGUUGGCUGCUCAAGUUUUUAUAUUCUUUGCAGCCGGCUUCGAGACUUCGUCGGUAGCAACAAGUUUUUCGUUACACCAACUCGCUCAUCAUCCACGCGUACAGGCUAAAGCGCACUCGGAAAUAGAUACUGUGCUCGCACAGCAUGGUAAUGAAAUAACUUAUGAAGCAAUACAGAAAAUGACUUACUUAGAAAGUGUCUUUAAAGAGGGGAUGAGAAUGUUGACACCUAUCGGUUACGUGACGAGGGAAUGCGCUAAGAAGUAUGCAUUCCCUGACAUUAAUUUAACAAUUGACAAAGGUGUCCUUGUUGUGAUUCCCUUGCAGGCGUUUCAUAAUGAUCCUCAGCAUUUUGAAAAUCCAGAUGAAUUUGUUCCUGAACGGUUUUUAUCGAGUGAUUUCGGGGUUGUGGAUAAAUAUGUUUUUAAUCCAUUUGGAUCUGGACCUCGUACGUGUAUCGGAGAGCGGUUGGGCACAGUCCAGUCGCUGGCCGGGCUGGUGGCCGUGCUGCGUCACUGCUCGGUGCGCCCCGCCCCGCACACCCCGCGCCGCCCGCCGCUCAGCCCCACUGCCAACGUCGUGCAGGCCUUCCGGGGGGGACUGCCUCUUGCCUUCACUUCCCGAACACGUCUAUAG